GUUACUGACUUCGAUCGGUGGCAGCUUGACGUGUUUUCCGCACAGCGAAAAAAAUCUGACAAAAUCAGCAUGAAACGAGAGCGAUCGGACAGUCGAGAGCAUGAAAGCGAGUAUAAGAGGCGCCGUAUAGAGGCCUCUACAAAUGAGUGUCAGUGGUAUGAGGUCUUGCUGGAGCUUCACAUGAAGUCUAGCCAACUGCCAUCAUUUGCUUCAUUCCGUCACGGAUGGAAAGAGCAUAUGAAUGACUGGUACCGCCUGACUGGUGCCAUCAACAAAUCAGAUGAUCGGCGGGAGUUGCCCACCAUCCCGCAACCCACUCACACGAUCGAAUGGCUGGCUCGUACAAACUUCAAGCACCGCCCUCUCCGCCGUCAUGACAUCCCUCAACCCAGGAAGCACAAAGUCCCUAAGAGACACGUGCAGACUGAUGACCUAAAUAAGUCCUUCUACGUCUACUGAAAGGGGCCAGGAAC